AUGUCGACCGCGAAUCUGCUCAAUACCAAUUUCGAAGAUGAGUCUGACGAAGAGGACUUCAAUCCUCAACCACAAGAUGCCUCCGAUGGCGAGGAUGGUGGUGAAGACGAAGACCCGAGCGCGCAAAUCCGCGAUGAAGCCUCAAAAAGGCGCGUAGAAGAAGACAACGGUUCGGGUGAUGAAGGAGAUGUUAAUACCCGGGCGCCAAAUGACGGGGAGGAAGAUGAAGAGGAGCCUGGCGAUGAUGACGAAGAAGACGAUGAAGAAGACGAAGAUGAAGAGGAAAUAGCAGGCCCAAAGAGAAAACGUGUCAAGCGAGACCGUCGCAAUGUAUUCCUUGAUGUUGAAGCCGAAGUUGACGAGGAUGAAGACGAGGAUGAAGAUGAUGAUGAUGAACUCGGAGAGGGCAAGAACUUUAUUGCAGAUACACAUCCAGAUGAUCUUGCGGAUUUGCCAGCCGGCGGCGAGACCGAUGACAGACGACAUCGAGAGUUGGACAGGCGGCGGGAGAUGGAGGCGAGCAUGGACGCAGAGAAGCAGGCGGAAAUUCUACGGCAACGAUAUGCAAACAAAGGACGAUCUAGUCGCGGUCUUGGAGAGUCAGAUAUUGUCCCGAGGAGGCUUCUUCUACCAAGUAUCAAUGAUCCAAGCAUUUGGGCUGUUCGCUGCAAGGAGGGCAAAGAGAGAGAGGCAGUCUUCUCUAUUAUCAAACGUAUCGAGGAAAGAAUCGGCACCAAGGACGAACUGGCUAUAACAUCUGCUUUCGAACGCGGUGGGACACAAUCGGUGAUGAAAGGCUUCAUUUAUGUCGAAGCGCAGCGCGCUUCCGAUAUCAUGGCGGCCCUCGACGGCCUAAUGAACGUCUAUCCGCGGACUAAAAUGCAAAUGAUUGCGAUUAAGGAAAUGCCCGAUCUUUUGAGGGUUCAUAAAACUCCACCGCUUGAGCCUGGAGCCUAUGUGCGGUUGAAGCGACCUCCUAAGUAUGCUGGGGAUCUUGCUCAGGUUAUUGAUGUGACGGAUACUGGUCUAGAGCUCCGAGUCAGAUAUGUGCCCAGAUUAGAUUAUGGAUUGCACGAAGAUUUGAAUGCACCACUGGAUGGACCAAAUGGCAAACGGAAGCGAGCACCAGCAGGUCCUCGGCCACCAUCACGGUUCUUCUCUGAGGUCGAAGCUAAAAAGCGGCACGCAAAAUAUCUUACUGGAAACCCUCAAACCAAAACUUGGACAUACUAUGGAGAUGAGUACGUCAAUGGCUUCUGUGAAAAAGAUAUCAAAAUCCAAGCCAUCCAGGUCGCGGAUGUCACCCCAACUUUGGAGGAAGUGACGAGAUUUUCAUCUGGAGGGGAUGACGGGACGGAAAAUAUCGAUCUGAACGCUUUGGCAGCGAGUCUCAAGGCGAGCACCGCUAAUGCAUCAUAUCUUCCCGGCGAUAUUGUUGAGGUGUACGAGGGUGAGCAGAAAGGAGUGAAAGGUAAAGCGGUGUCAAUUCAAGGCGACAUUGUAACUAUGGCUGUUCUAGAAGGCGCGCUCAGAGGGCAGACGAUUGAGGUACCGGUGAAGGGACUUCGGAAAAGAUUCAGAGAGGGUGACCACGUCAAAGUCAUUGGUGGCAGUCGGUACCGCGAUGAAGUCGGUAUGGUCGUCAAAAUCGCCGAAGACCGUGUCACAAUUCUUAGCGAUCAGAAUAAUUCUGAAAUUACAGUGUUCAGUAAGGACCUUCGGGAAGCCAGCGACUCUGGUGGUGCUUCAUCUCUAGGCCAGUAUGAGCUUUGGGAUCUGGUUCAACUAGAUCCAGCCACAGUUGCUUGCGUUGUCAAGGUUGACAGAGAGUCACUCGUCGUUUUAGACCAAAACAACCAGACUAGGACAGUCAUGCCUUCACAAAUUUCUAAUAAAAUUGAAAAACAGCGAAGAGGAGCGGUUGCAACUGACCGCGGAGGGGCUCAGAUCAACAUGGAUGACAAUGUCAAAGAGCAUGGCGGUGAAAUGAGGACAGGAAAGGUCAUACACAGUUACCGGACGUACCUCUUCCUGCGCAACCCGGCACAGAGCACUAACGCCGGUAUAUUUGUUACGCGCACAAGCGCGGUCAACAGCGUGACCGCGAAGGGUAUUGUUCAAGCCAGCGCUGGACCUGAUCUGAAUUCAAUGAAUCCAGCAAUGAAGCGUAACCCCGCUGGGGGCGCUGGAGGAGACAUGGCUCCUCCAAAGUCAUUUGGCAGAGAUCGCUCUAUCGGUCAGACUGUCACAAUUCGGAAGGGCCCGUAUAAAGGACUUCUCGGUAUUGUGAAAGAAACGUCGGAUAAUAACGCACGUGUCGAACUUCAUACCAAGAACAAAACAGUCAAUGUGCCCAAGGAUGCGUUAGCAUUUAAAGACAAACUGACAGGAGCGAGUAUCGAUCCAGGCACAAGAGGUGGCAGGGGCGGCUUUACACCGCGUGGCGGUAGGGGAGGUUUUGGCGGUGCAACUCCUGGUGGUGGUGGAUGGGACGGUGGUCGUACACCAGGUGGGGACACAGGGCGAACGCCGGCAUGGGGCGCUGGACGAACACCCGCAGUGGCCAAUGGUGGACGAACUCCAGCCUGGAAAUCUGGCGCUGAUGGAGGACGAACACCUGGAUGGGCUGAUGGAUCGCGAACAGUCAACCCUUAUGAUGGUAACCGAACUUCGUAUGGUGGUGGUAAUCGAACUCCUGCGUGGUCAGCAGGUGGCAAAACUCCAGCAUAUGGGAUGUCUAAUGAUGCCUUCAAUGCCGGUUCUAAAACGCCUGGCUACAGUGGUGGUACCAGUGGAGGAGAUGCCUGGGGUUCCAAGACUCCAGCUUAUCAACCGACACCUGCAGCGGACAAUUGGGGGUCUAGCAAUCACUCUGGUGGUAAUAGUUGGGGAUCAAAUGCGUACGAUGCUCCAACUCCAGGUGCGGCAAUGUCAGCACCUACUCCUGCAGCUAUCAACGCUCCUACACCUGGCGCCUAUUCUGCUCCUACACCAGCACCUUAUAGUGCCCCUACCCCAGGGGGCGCGCCUACGCCUGCUCCAGGCUGGGGAGGUGGAGGUUGGGGUGCACCUACACCUCAAGCAAUGGAUGCUCCAACACCUGGUGGUCCACAAGGCUAUUAUGCUGCUCCAACGCCAGGAGCUUAUAACGGAGGUAUGCCAGAAACUCCAGCGGCGAAUUGGCAGGACGACGGACCAAGAUAUGUUGAAUAG